AUGACUCGCAAAUCCACCCCACGCCAAGCUCCAGGCCAUGAGACUCCUCAUGUUCUGUUUCACCGAAGUGGACCAUUGCCACUCCCAAACCCGAGUAUCAAGGGUGUUCCUAUGACAGGAGUGAGAUGCCCAACUUGUGCUGCGAAUGGACAAGAGGUCUGGGUCAUCCCAGGAAGAGCCUGCUCUUACUGCGAAACACUCGAGGGUGACGGUGCUGGCAUCGAGAUUAGCAGUGUGCUUGACCGGCAAUUGCGAGUCUGGGAAUACAUUGAUUUGUCCAAUUGCGAAGAUGAUGGGUUUAUCACCAGACGGACCAGAUUCGCUGAUGGUGUACCGGGCCAUCGGUUUUGA